AUGAGGCCUUUUGCAUGCUUGUUACUAUUGCUUGUCUUUGCAGCAAGUGUUUUCGCUUGGUCCAAAGAAGAUUAUGAAAUUUUUGAUCUUGUCAGUGAUCUAGAAGCUGCUGAAGGUAAAGGUAUAGAUUUCUACAAACAUGUCGGUGUAGAACCUUCCGCAACCAUAUCAGAAAUCAAUAAAGCUUACAGAAAGAAAUCACUUGAGUUACAUCCUGACAAGAAUCCAGGUGUCAAGAAUAUCCAAGAACGAUUCGCUAGAUUAGGUGUGAUUGCACAAAUCCUUAGAUCACCCGAAGCAAGGGAGAGGUAUAACUUCUUUUAUAAAAAUGGUGUACCUAAAUGGAGAGGAACAGGGUAUUAUUAUUCUCGAUAUCGACCUACCUUAUCACAUACCCUCAUCUUUUUAAUAACUUUAUCAUCAGCAUUCCAUUAUCUCGUUCUCAAUCUCAAUUACAGGAAACAUCAAAGAAGGAUAACGUAUUUUGAAAAUGCAGCAAGAAGUUCAGCUGGUGUGUCGGGAUUUACAUCAAAUAGUCAAACAGGUGAAAAAGUUGUAGUACCAGUUCAAGGUAGAAGGAGGAAAGUAAGAGUUCCAAUGGUUGAAGGUAAUGAUCAAGCUGGUACUUUGGAAUUAGUAGUCAUUGGAAGUGAUGUUUUCAUUCCACAUAACGACGGUACUUUAGAACCUAUCUCAGGACUUGCAAACGCUCCUUCUAUCACUCAGACCUGGUUCUUCUCUCUUUUUACUUCAGGCUAUAUCAAAACUCUCAGUCGCCUUCCACCCUCAAUCCAAUCUUCCAUUCCGGAAUUCCUGCGUCCACAUGAAUUCGCUCAUCCUGACUUGAUUGUGGACGAAGAAGAGGAAGAAGAUGAAUCGGCAGUUGAUACGCCUACUCCCACCAAUCGAGCUGCUCGAAGAUUAAAUACCGUCAAUGGAAAGGGUAAGAAAUCAAGAAGUGUAACUGCCACACCAAAGGACUCACCAGCUACUACCGAGCUUGAAUCAGCCGACGAGGGAGUAGAAGGUGAAGGUAAAGGAGACAAAAAGAAAAGAGUUGCAGGAGGUAAAGCUGGUGCGGCAAGAAGACGAAAGAUGGGAUUGAAAAAGUAG